GGCAGCGGCGGCGGCGACGACAGCAUUGGCAGUGGCGGCUGUAGCAGCGGGGAAGCUUUUCGAGCGGAUGCUUCAGGUGACUUGAGAUUGAACUCCCGGGCGUCGAGCCCCGCUCGCGGAGCUGGACUAGCUGCGUGGCGAACCCUACAGAACAGAUGAUCACCAUGUCUGGGUUCUAGCAAUCACAUACGUUUAUAUCUGAAUUUGAAAAUGGCAGAGGGAAACAACCAAGAGGAGGUCAUUCACUUGAACAACUUUCACUGCCACCGGGGGAAGGAGUGGAUGGCUGUCAGAGAGGGGCCCAUCACCAUAUCUGACUCCUCUGAUGAGGAAGGGAUUCCAAUGCUGGUUACCCCGGCUACUGAGCAACAGGAAGACGACCUGGAUGAUGAUGUCAUCCUGACAGAAACACAUAAACCUCAGACAUCCCGGCCCAAUCUCAUCAAACCAGCUGCCGAGUGGCAAGAUCUGAACAGAUUGGGAGAAGAAAGGCCUAGAAAAUCUAGAGCAGACUUUGAAGCAGAUACCCACAGCUAUUUUUCCUUUUGUAACAACUCAUUGUUUGAUUCUGGGGCACAGGAUGAUUCUGAGGAUGAAUGUGGUGGAUUUCUGGAUCUUAAGACUGAGAAAAAAGGAGGAGAAGCCAAACCUGGACCAAGCAAUAAGCAGACAGCAGACAAUACUGUCAGCCCCAGGCUGGAGCAGAAAGUCAUUAUUUUGGGAGAAAAUGGUCUUCUUUUUUCAGAAAGUGAGCCUCUGGAAGUUCAGAACCAAUUAUCUGAAGACUCAGAGACAGAUCUUUUAUCAAAUCCUGGUGAGCCAGCUGCCUCAGUAGAUGAGCAGCUAAUUGAAGAAGAGUACUGGCUUGACCAUCCCUACUUCCAGGCUCUGAAUCCACAGCCUCAGGAGAGAACAAACCAGCUUGUGCCCCAAGAGCGACAUUCUGAAUCAGAAAUGGGCCCAAUGUUUUUCCGCCAUGAUUUCCCGGAGCCAGCUUUUCCAAGGCCAGAACCCCAGCAGGAGGGGAUUCCAGGACCCGCUUCUCCACAACCAGCCCAUCCUCUAGGAGAGCUUGAAGACCAGCAAUUAGCAAUUGAUGAAGACCCUGGGCCUGCCUACCCCCUGCCAGGACCCCAGGAGGCCAAUUUGGCAAAUGUGUGGGGACAAGAAGCUGCUGAAGGGGAUCAAGAGCUCAUUCCACUGUUAGUGAAAGAAACGGAAGCAAGAUUUCCAGACGUAGCAAAUGGAUAUGUUGAAGAGAUAAUUCAUUUGAAAAAUUACUAUGAUUUGAAUGUACUUUGUAAUUUUCUCCUGGAAAAUCCAGAUUAUCCAAAGAGAGAAGACCGAAUCCUUAUCCACCCCAGCAGUAGCCUGCUUGCCAGCCAGGAUGAUGUGAAGUUGCCUAAGAUAGACUUUUUUGACUAUUCCAAAUUGACUCCACUUGACCAGCGCUGCUUCAUCCAAGCUGCUGACCUCUUGAUGGCUGAUUUCAAGAUGCUCAGCAGCCAGGACAUCAAGUGGGCCCUGCACGAGCUCAAAGGGCAUUACGCAAUCACCCGAAAGGCCUUUUCUGAUGCCAUUAAAAAAUGGCAGGAGCUAUCACCUGAAACCAGUGGAAAGCGGAAAAAGAGGAAAGAAAUGAAUCAGUAUUCUUUCAUAGACUUCAAAUUUGAACAAGGUAACAUAAAAAUAGAAAAGAGGAUGUUCUUUCUGGAAAACAAGCGUCGACACUGUAGGUCCUAUGACCAGCAGGCCCUCCUUCCAGCUGUGCAGCAAGAGCAGGAGUUCUAUGAGCAGAAAAUUAAAGAGAUGGCAGAGCACGAAGAUUUUUUGCUUGCCCUGCAGAUGAAUGAAGAGCAGUAUCAAAAGGAUGGCCAGCUGAUUGAAUGCCGCUGCUGCUAUGGGGAGUUUCCAUUUGAGGAGCUGACACAAUGCGCUGAUGCUCACUUGUUCUGCAAAGAAUGUCUCAUCAGAUAUGCCCAAGAGGCCGUGUUUGGAUCUGGAAAGUCAGAGCUCAGCUGCAUGGAAGGCAGCUGCACAUGUUCCUUCCCAACCAGUGAACUGGAGAAAGUGCUCCCCCAGACCAUUCUGUACAAAUACUAUGAACGGAAAGCUGAAGAGGAAGUCGCAGCAGCCUAUGCUGACGAGCUUGUCCGGUGCCCCUCUUGCAGCUUCCCUGCUCUGUUGGACAGCGAUGUGAAGAGGUUCAGCUGCCCUAACCCUCGCUGCCGAAAGGAGACCUGUAGGAAGUGUCAGGGACUCUGGAAAGAACACAAUGGCCUCACCUGUGAAGAGCUGGCAGAAAAGGAUGACAUCAAGUACCGGACAUCUAUUGAAGAAAAAAUGACUGCUGCUCGAAUUAGAAAAUGCCACAAGUGUGGGACUGGCCUCAUCAAAUCUGAAGGCUGCAACCGCAUGUCUUGCCGCUGUGGUGCCCAGAUGUGCUACCUCUGUCGAGUUUCUAUCAAUGGCUAUGACCACUUCUGCCAGCAUCCUCGCUCUCCAGGAGCCCCUUGCCAGGAAUGUUCCAGGUGCUCCCUCUGGACCGACCCCACUGAAGAUGAUGAGAAGCUGAUUGAGGAGAUCCAAAAGGAGGCUGAGGAGGAGCAGAAAAGAAAGAAUGGAGAGAACACUUUCAAACGCAUCGGGCCCCCACUGGAGAAGCCGGCUGAGAAAGUGCAGCGUGUGGAAGCCCUGCCACGGCCUGUCCCACAGAACCUGCACCCUCAGAUGCCACCCUAUGCCUUUGUCCACCCACCCUUCCCCCUGCCACCUGUGCGGCCCGUGUUCAACAACUUCCCCAUCAACAUGGGUCCUGUGCCCGCACCCUAUGUACCCCCUCUGCCCAACGUGCGUGUCAACUUCGACUUUGGCCACGUGCAUGUGCCCCUGGAGCACAACCUGCCCAUGCACUUUGGCCCCCAACCACGGCAUCGCUUCUGACACCCAAAGCCCUGUCCAGCUGUGCUGAGUCUGCAGGAGGACCCAGUCUCAUCCUCUGAGUAGGGAUGAAGUCCUCGACUCCCUAUGGGGUGUGGGCUCGUGUCCUCCUGCUCUUCCCGUUGCGAGGUCCACUGCUCCUUCGGGUCUGAUGCGCCUUGGGUGCUGACUGUCGCUGCACCAGUAAUAGGGCAGCUCCCCGGGUCUGCCAUCUAUCUUAGCAGCCAGUCCAGGGGCCUUGGCCGAGAAGCAGGCCCUUUAAGCAUUUGCCAUACUUCCUCCCCAGCAGACCACUGAAAGCCCAAGGGAAAAUGGCCUACCCUCCCCAGGCCAGGGCUCUCUCCUUGUUGCCCAAGGCCCACUCAGGUCCAAGGGCCGCCAAGAAUCUUCUGUGGCGCAAGUUUUGUUCUGUUGUUACCUAGAGGUUGCUCCUAUUCACAUAGUUUGAGCUGAAGUUUUUUGUGUGUCCCCAUCCGUGGAAAGUCAGGUUGAAGGUAUUUCCCCAGGGCUGGCAACUGCUGAGAACCAGUAGUCCUGACACUUGACAUCAAACAGAAGGACCCUUUUAGGGCCCUUUAUUCCUGGGCUGCCCCUUUUCUGGGAGAGACCUCACUUGUCACCAACCUGGGAUGAGCAGCAUCUCUCCUAAGGUUUUUAGGGGCUUCCCUAGCAGUGCAGAUGACCUCAUGGAGCUGCUGCAGCUAUCACAGCAACCCUCCUGCCCGCUCAGCUGUCCCUCACUAGUUAGCAGUGGAUGCAGACAGGAGAGGUCUAGCUCCAAGAUGAGGACAGCUGGCUUCCCUAGAGUCAGAUGAAAAUCGGCCUGCACAGUCUUUGCCAUGUUCCCACUACCUGUGUCCCCUCCUGUCCAGACCAGAUCUUUAUACUCUCCUCCAGUGUGUGUUGACCAGGGCUGAUAGCAAGUGUCUCACUCAGUUGUACUGGCUGUCCUUGUCGUGGAGUGUCCCAUGUUCAGAGUGUACAGACUUAGAAGAGAGAAGAUGUCCCUGGGAAAAGGAAAGACUCCCUGAGGUGCCCACUGUCACUGGAGUGUGGGUAGGGCACACAGGGCAACUCAGGAGCCCUGCCAUGGGUCACCUGAACUGUGAUGCUAGUCUGAAUGACAGUGCCUUGGAAAGAUGGGCCACAUGCUGCAUGACAGGAUCCUCCAAGUACCUUAACAAUUAGUGUACUCGUGUUCUCUGCACUUCUCCAGAAGCCCUGCAGGGGGCGGUACUCCGAGCACUGCCCCUCCAAGGCCUCAUGAGCCGCUGGACUGGGCACCCAGUUCUGGGCGCCUCAGUACCCUAUCACAUUGUUCCACCAAGAGGCCAGAUGGAAAAACUGGCAGUUUCUGGGGUAGCUGGAAGAGCAGGCCAGGCAGGUGCCAUCCAGACCCUGGCACUCCAUUUGGAGAGGUGAGGCCAGAGACGUAUCCUUCAAAAUAUUGUCAGUCUGUGACAGGGAGACUGCUACUGCCUGUCUCCAUCAAGGAGUGACCCUCCCAUGUUGCCAGCAGGGCUAGGGAGUGAGGGGUGGGCCAGCAAGGAUCCCCAAGGCAGCUGCCACCUUAACCCCUAGGACCCAGACUGCUUCCUGGUUUAAGAAACUGCCUAGCCACUCCCAGUGUAUUUGCCUUAAAACUGGAGAGAAUCUAGUAUUUGCACUUAGCAAAAGAUUUCAAAGUUAAGAGAAAAGUGCAUGAUCUCACUUUGUACAAAAGAAAAAAAGGAAAAAAAAUGAAGUAGAUGGUUAAACGUUUUUCUUUACCUUUUGGUAGUAAAAAUAGAGAAAACAAGUCUGUUUAAACUACUGUGUAAAAAGACUGUAUCAUAUGUAACUUGAAUUUUGUGUAAAUAAAUGUUUGUGAACGCUU